GAAAUUGCAUGAAAUAUGCAUGAUGAAUAUACACGCGCGAUCUCUACUAUAAUAACAAAGAGAAAAUUUAGUACUGAAGGUACUGAAGGAAAUUGUAUUUAUAUUGUGUAUUCCAAAUUUAACGUCACUUAUGGUGUUACAAUAAUUAUUGGAAAUAUUACGAUUGCCCUUUAACAUACCUGAAAUUCAUGAGUUUAUGAAAAACUGCAAUCAUAUAGAGCUCUAAACAUUUGUCAUAAAAAUGUCUAAUAUGAGUCCUUCACUGUCAGAAACAAGUGCAAAAGCAAGCAUAAAUAAUAAGGAUUUAGAUAAUAUAGCCCUUUAUUUAACCAGCACUCAGCAAAGGUUCAGAGAAAAUAUUAUACUUCCAAGGACUGUAGGUCCUGUGCAAUUGAAAACUAAUGAAGAAAAAUUAAUAGAAAGUAUAAUGGAAAGUUGUGCCUUUAAGAGUAUUGCCAGUUGUGUUAUAGGAUAUGGCUUAGGAGCUGCGAUUGGUUUAUUUACGUCCAGUGUGAAUCCAAAUGUGGCUGCUGUUGAGAAACAACAGAGUGUCCGUGAAGUAUUUAGGGAAAUGAAAAUCACAACAUUGGGUUAUGCAAAGAAUUUCGCUGUACUUGGUUGUGUAUUUACAGCAAUCGAAUGCACAAUAGAAUCGUAUAGAGGGAAAAGUGAUUGGAAGAAUGGCACAUAUGCUGGUGGUUUAACAGGUGGAAUGAUAGGGCUAAGAGCUGGUAUAAAAGCGGGUUUAAUUGGAGCAGCAGGUUUUGCAGCGUUUUCGACGGCAAUAGACUACUAUAUGAACAGGUCUUAGGCAAUAAUGUUAUUAUUUAUAGCAGGUAUAUUUGUAUAAAAGAGUAUAAAACAUAUUCUGAGUAUACCUGUACAAUACAUAUAAAAGCGCGAGGACGUCAUAAUGUAGAAUAUGCGUACAAAUAAGUACAAUAUUUAAGAAAUAAAUUCACGCAACACAUA